UGUCUGUCGUGUUCGCAGUCUCCCUUGAGGCUGAUGGUUGCCAUGAAGCGCAAGAGAGCUGGCCAGGGGUAUGAUGACGAUGAGAAGCUACGGCAUCAGGCGACGAAGGCCCUGACCAAGGAGGCGAAGCGCGUCAAGACCUUCCUGCUCCAGCAAGCGAUCCGCAGGAGCAAGGCCGCGGCAGAGAAGGAGAAGACGGGCAAAAACGACGAAUCCGCGGAACCCCCGUCGGACAAGGAGGGGGAGGAAGAGGGGGGCCAGAAAGAUCAAAGAAGGGAGCAAAAGGGGGGGGGAGGGGAGGAGGAGGAGGAGGAGGAGGAGGAGGAUGAUUGUGGAACGAGAACGAUUCGGGAUUCGGAGGCGAUCGGCAAAGAGGGCAAGGGCGACCGAGGGGGCCCGGAUGCGGAGAAGGCGAAUCCUCCCACUGCCGCUGCCGUGCACGGCGAGGAGGUUCUGUUGAUCAAGAGCCUGCAGCCGCUUUCGGUCGUGAAGAUAUGCCUUCGCCGGCUAGGCCUGGCGCAUACGGGUGUCCAAGGUGAGGCUGAGGUGGAGGUGGAGGGGGGCGCCGAGCUGCAGCGGCUGGUGGGGAAGGUGGUAGAGCACAAGCGCGUCGCCGUCGUAAUGGAGGAGCUGCAGGAGAGAGUGACGAUGAGGAGGAGGGAGAAAUUGGCUGAGUCGGAAGGGCGGUCUCUGCCAGGCCAAGGCAGAGGUGCAACAGGAAAGCAGGGCAAGGGCAACAAGAAGACGCCCGCGAAAAUCCACGAGCGACAGGGAGGGGCACGGAAGAGCGGGGUAGCGCGAGCCGCCGCCGCCGCCGCCACCACAGCCGGCUCCGCGUUCGUGUCGCUGUCGGGGGAAUCUCCUAGCGAUGACCACGACGCGGGACCCAGCAGCACAAGCAGAAAUUACUACAACAAGGACAUCGCCAACGCUCACGCCAACCCCGCGCUGGUAGGACGGCGACCAAACGGGCAGCCGUCAUCAUCAUCAUCAGCAGCGGCGGCGGCAGCCAACAACACCAAAAACAGCGAAAAAGGAAGCGGCAGCGGCGGCGGCAAGGCACGCAGCAGCACCGAGCCCGGGUGGGCCGGCGCCGACCGCGCGGCGGGCUGGGGCCGCGGCGGCGGGCGUUCCAAGAACGGAGGCCGCGGGGGCAGGGUCGGGGGGGGGCGUCAGCCCGACCGUAGCCGCCGAAACGAGGGUCGCGGUGGGGGGGGAGUCAGGGGGGGUAGGGGCGCCGGUGUGCGAGAAGGAGGGGGUGCUGGAAGGGGCGGCGGGGGUGGAGCGGGUAGGGGCGGCAGCGGUGGAGCGGGUAGGGGCGGCAGCGGCGGCAGCAGCGGCAGCGGUGACCGGGAGGACAGCCGCGGGGGGACGGCGGGGGGCGAGGCCUUGCACGGGUCGUGGGUGGCGAAGCGGGCGCUGAAGGACAAGGAGGCUUCGGCGACGAAGGCGUUCAGCGGGAAGAGGAUUACCUUCGGCGACGACGACGACUGAAUUUUGCUUUUGUGAAGGGGAUUGGGCGUGACAUUCUGUUUCGUUCUGGAUUGGAUCGGAUUGGAUUGGAUUGCAUCAGUCAAUCCUGCUGUGGUCAAGACAGACGAUGGUGGAGGUGGUCGUGGGUAGACGAUGAUGGUCGUCGUGUUGGUUUGGGGGUAUGGCCAUCGGGAACGAUAACGAUUUGCUUGGAUUCUCGCUUUACAGCUGUUGUACUGUUUCGCUCGUUGUUUCUAA